CUCUCCGGACAGCGUAGGCUUGCUUCAGUGUGUUGUAUCGACAAUGUACAAACGGAGCUCAGAUCAGUAAGCGGAAACGGAAACUGGAGCAACACAGACGGCGCUUGGCGCGUUUGUCCAAGCUGUUGGCGGCAACGGCACAAUUCAGCUAGUGCUGUCAGUGUCAGGCGUAUUCAGCGGACUGUCCGGCUAAAACUUCAGCAAAGUCGCGUUUUAGUCGCUAAUUCAUCUCGCAAACAUGACGAAGCUUACAGAGGGCGCGAUAGAGGCUCUAUCAAAUGGCGGUGGUGGCAGCGACGUAGUGCUUCAGGUGGCGAAUAUUCGCAAGAUUGACGGAGGAAAUGGUCCACCUCGCUAUCGAGUGAUGAUGAGUGAUGGGCGGCACACUCUGUCCUCUUUCAUGCUCUCAACUCAGCUAAAUUACAUGGCUGAUGAGAACAAACUGGUCCCAAACUGCAUCUGCCUACUGAAGAGGCAUGUGACGAAUACACUGAAGGAUGGACGACGGGUGGUAAUCAUUUUGGAAAUGGAUGUCCUGAAGCCCGCUGAAGAUGUAGCUGGAAGAAUAGGCGACCCCAUUCCUUACACUGAGGGUCAGGGUAAGGGCCCACAGGCAGCGCCAAACCCUGAACCCCGCCCUCCCCUGCAGCAGCAAAACAGGAAUGAGACAGUGAACAGAGGUUUCAGUAAAGACUUUGGGAAGAAGGCUCCAUCUGCCAUGCCCAGUACUCCAGGGGGAAGUUCCAAAGCAGUGCCCAUCGCCAGCCUCAACCCCUACCAGUCCAAGUGGACCAUCCGUGCACGUGUAACCAACAAGAGCAGCAUCCGCACAUGGAGCAACUCUCGUGGUGAUGGCAAACUCUUCUCCAUGGAGAUUGUGGAUGAGAGUGGAGAAAUCCGAGUGACUGGUUUCAACCAAGAGGUGGACAAGUACUUCAGCCUUAUUGAGGUUGGCAAGGUCUACUACAUCUCCAAGGGCUCCCUGAAGAUCGCCAACAAGCAGUACACCUCAGUGAAGAAUGACUAUGAGAUGACACUCAAUGGAGAGACCAGCAUUAUUCCCUGCGAGGACAGCUCUGAUGUUCCCAUGGUGCAGUGUGACUUCGUCUCAAUCGGUGAUCUGGGGAACAGAGAAAAAGAUGCUAUUAUUGAUGUGAUUGGAGUCUGUAAGGGUGUGGAUGAAGUGACCCGCCUCACCACUAAGACCAACAAAGAAGUGUCUAAGAGGACGCUCAGUCUGAUGGACAUGUCUGGGAAAGUGGUGACCGUCACACUGUGGGGAGAGGAAGCUGAAAAGUUUGAUGGCUCUGGACAGCCCAUUGUAGCAGUUAAGGGUGCAAAACUUUCUGACUUUGGAGGCCGGUCCCUCUCUGCAUCCUUCAGCAGCACUGUGAUGAUCAACCCAGACAUCCCUGAGGCAUAUAAGCUCAGAGGCUGGUAUGACAAGGAGGGUCACACCAUGGAAGGAGAGUCUCUGACAGAGAUGAAAGGUGGCAGUGGCGGUGGAAACACAAACUGGAAGACUCUAUCUGACGUUAAGACGGAGCACCUGGGACACGGAGACAAGGCGGACUACUACACCUGCAUUGCUACCAUAGUGUACCUGCGCAAGGAAAACUGCCUUUACCAGGCCUGUCCCAGCCAAGACUGCAACAAGAAAGUGGUUGACCAACAGAACGGCAUGUUCCGCUGUGAGAAGUGCGACAAAGAAUUCCCCAACUUCAAGUAUCGCCUUAUCCUUUCUGCCAACAUUGCAGAUUAUGGGGACAACCAGUGGGUGACUUGCUUCCAGGAGAGUGCAGAGGCCAUCCUGGGCCAGAAUGCAGCUUACCUGGGGCAGCUCAAGGACUCGAAUGAAGCUGCCUUUGACGAGGUCUUCCAGCAAGCCAACUUCAACACGUUUGUCUUCCGCAGCAGAGUGAAGUUAGAAACGUAUAACGAUGAAUCCAGGAUCAAGGCCACAGUGAUGGAGGUGAAGCCUGUUGACCACAAGGACUACAGCAAGAGGUUGAUCAUGAACAUAAGGAAAUUGGCGGCCCAGUAGGACCCUUGAGAUUUAUGUUGUGUGUUCUGGUUUCCUUUUGUCUCUGUACAGCCAUCAAACAGCUCUAAAUGUAAGAGAAAGUUGUUGUUUUUCUGUACUUAACUGUGAUUCUUCAGAGUACUUGUAACUGUCCAGCUUCCCCUUGAAAUAAUGUUUGGUGACCUGUUUUUUUGUUGUUGUUGUUUUUGAUGGUGGUGAACGUAACAGACAACUGUUUUUUGUUUCCUUUCUCUGUUAUUUGGGGAAGCAGAGCAGAGAGUGGGUCAGUAAGCCACAAAAGAAAUCAUUGCUGUGUCUGUCUUAAGUCGGCCAGUUGUUCCUGCAUGUGCUGCGGUCAUGUGGGGGCGGCGGCUGCUUUAAGCACAAGACCAGCACAGUACCCGGCGCUCUUUUCACUUUCAGAUGCACACUCAAAAUGGCUGGGCUGGACCUGCACACUCCUGAUAAGACCGUUUACUCUCCCACUCUUUUUUUUUUUUUUCCCCUCCGUCGCUCACAUACUUGCUAACAUAAGCACAUACACACAUGCACAGUGCAGACUUAACGGGAAAAGGAACUGCAUUCUAUUUAAGUAGUUACAAGGUGUUUGUCCAACUGCGUUCUGUAGUUGAGUUUUUUUUUUUUUGUGACAAUUAA